AUGGCGCCAGCUGAGUUGGCAGAGCUGAAGAAGCAGAUAGAGGACCUUUUGUCUAAGGGGUUCAUUCGACCGAGUGUUUCACCGUGGGGAGCACCGGUGUUGUUUGUGAAGAAGAAGGAUGGCAGUUUCAGACUUUGUAUCGAUUACAGAGGUCUUAACCGAGUCACUGUGAAGAACAGGUACCCACUCCCGAGGAUUGAUGAGUUGUUGGAUCAGUUGAGGGGUGCUACUUGGUUCUCCAAGAUUGACUUGGCAUCGGGGUAUCAUCAGAUCCCGAUAGAUGAGGCAGAUGUCAGGAAGACUGCUUUCAGGACGCGUUAUGGGCAUUUUGAGUUUGUGGUUAUGCCUUUCGGUUUGACUAACGCGCCGGCAGCCUUCAUGAGAUUGAUGAACGACGUGUUCAGGGAGUAUUUGGACGUGUUUGUCAUCAUUUUCAUUGAUGAUAUUCUGGUAUACUCGAGGAGUCAGGAGGAGCAUGCGACUCACUUGAGGUUGGUUCUGGAGAAGCUUCGGGAGCAGAAGCUUUUUGCUAAGUUGAGCAAGUGCAGUUUCUGGCAGCGAGAGAUGGGAUUUCUUGGCCACAUUGUUUCUGCAGAGGGAGUUUCUGUGGAUCCGGCUAAGAUUGAGGCUAUCAGAGAUUGGCCUAGACCUAGUAGUGCCACCGAGAUCAGGAGUUUUCUGGGUUUGGCAGGAUACUACAGGAGGUUCGUCAAGGGGUUUGCUACCAUGGCGCAGCCGAUGACGAAGUUGACCGGGAAGGAUGUCCCUUUUUUGGUCAGCUGA